ACCAGCCUAAUUUAACCCGAAAUUGAUGAAACCCGAGCUGCCACAUCAAUUAAACUCGCCAUGUCGUCUAACUCAGGCCCAACCCAAACUUUGAACCAGCCCGACCCAUGAACCAACCUAGUCAAACAAAAUAGGGUCUAUCCCAUUUUCCUUUCCAGAUCUGAAAACAAUCUUCUCUCUAGUUCUUCGUUUUUCUUUCGCUCCCUUCGACAACUAGCUCCAGAUGGCACUUCACCCGGUCACCGCAAUAAUCUAUGGGGAAUAAAUGAUUAUUGUUAUGGUGAAGAGGCGGUGAAGCAUGACCAUCGCCUAUAGAGAGACAAAGAGGGAGGUUUGAUGUUCAUAUAGAAGGAAGCUAGGAAAAAGAGAUGGGAGGGCUUCUGUUAUGCUGUAAUGAAUGAGAGGCAGUGGAAAAUUAGGGGGGAGGAGAACCUUGUUGCAAUAGGGAAGGGAAGGGCUUUGGGGCAGGGACCAAAAUGUACUUUCGUAGCCAUUGUUUCUUUCAUUUUUCUCCGGCAGAGGCCCAGAUCUGAUAGCAGCAGAGUCCCUGAAUCAUUGUCCCUCUGUUUUCCCUGUUGGGUGGCCAUAGCUCCUCGAAUCCCUCGAGGUGAGAGGCAGCAAGUGCCAUUUUGCAUGUUUUUAUAUUAGUAUUCAAUUAGCUUCUUUGUAAUCUUUGUUGACAAACAUAGUCUAUUUUGAAUGUUUAAUAUUAAUAUUCAUUUUCUUAUAUAUAGGUAUCUGUAUACUAUGAAAAACAUUUGACCUACCAAAAACAUUGGACAAGCAAAUGCAUAUCCCGGUUCGAUUUGCUUGAAUGGCAAAUGGGCAGGGCCCAAACUGCUCCGCAAUUCGUUUCUUUUCUUUUUGCCUCGAGCCCACGGGCCCGAGUAACUAAGUCUGGAUGUUUGGAACUCAUAUUGGGUCUUUAAACCGGCCCGUUUCAUCACCCAAAAGACAAACGACAUUUCAUUUGUAUAAUUCGCACGUAGCCAUUUUUUUCUUGCUUACUUUCACUGCCAGGCCACGAAAGAGAUUGAGAGAGAUGGGCAGCGGGAUCAUGGAAAGGCAUUCAAACCGACCCAGCUGACGAUCUUCCACCGCCAGGCAAAGAAGAAAACGGUAGGGGAAGAGAAAGCUUCAUGCAUAUGAUUCUCCUAUAUUCUUAGUCUCGCCUAACUGCUCCCCACUUCCUUAUCUUCCAUCAUUCCGAUUGGUUUGUUCGGUUUCCCAAAAGUUUCGUUUUCUUUGUUGCUGCGUCUAAUCAGUAAUCUCUCUUGCUCCGCUGCCGACUGAGAUUUUGUAUUUGCUAUCGUGUUGUUUGUUUUUCCAGAAAUGGUUUUGGUUUAAUUCUUUCUGGGUUGAGAAUGAAAUUCGGUUUAUCCCUCCUUUCUAUCAGUUUCGCUGAGAUUAGCUGAAUGCAAUUGCAGGAUGUAGGAUUGAGGUGUUUUCCGUUGGUUCAGAGCUGAGAACGUGGCAAAUUGAAGAACAUUUGGGGAUCUGCUUUGCUGGGAAGCCCUGCAACUGGGUCAAUUCUAACCCCGUAUCCCCGUUCAAGCUGAAUUAGGUUUGCCCCCACCAGAGGGUCCAAAUGGAAAAAGGCCUCAACUUUCUUAAGCUUUGAUGAAAUGGAUAUCAGAUAGAGAUCCACUUAUGCUGCUUUUGAAUAGGGUAGUACCAAGUUUCUUUCUUUCAAUUCAUUGUUAAGUUUUUUAGUUGAGACGGUAUCAUAUCAAGAUGGAGGAUACCGAGGUCCGGGACUUGAUAAGUGAUCUUCCACAGAGCAUCAUGGAGAGCAUUCUUUCCAGAUUGCCCAUAAGGGAUGCUGUAAGUUCAAGCAUCUUGUCAACCAAGUGGAGGUACCGUUGGACUACUCUUACCCAUCUAGUCUUCGAUGACAACUGUGUUAAAGGCUGCAAUGAUCGGGCGCUGCUCGAGGGCAACCUUAUAAGCUUCAUUACUCGGACGUUGUUUCUCCACCAAGGCCCUAUUCAUAAGUUCCAGCUCAGUACUUCGUAUUUGCAAUGCUGUCCUGAAAUAGAUCAGUGGUUGCUGUUUCUUUCAAGAAGUGGUAUCAAGGAAUUGGUUCUUGAACUAGGAGAUGGAGAAUGGUUCAGAAUACCUUCCUGUCUUUUUAACUGCAAGAAGUUGACCCGUUUAGAGCUAUGUAGAUGUGAAUUCGAGCCACCGCCAAGUUUUAAAGGCUUUCUCUAUUUAAAAAGCCUCAAUCUUUAUCAGGUUCUUGUUGGUCCGGAGGCAAUCGAAAGCCUUAUCUCGAGUUGCCCGGUCUUGGAAAACCUUUCGUUAUCGUAUUUCGAUAGUUUAGCUCUAACUGUUCGUGCUCCAAAUCUCAAGUACUUGUGCUUGGAAGGUGAAUUCACAGAUAUAUGCCUGGAGAAUACUCCACAAUUGCUUGCAAUGUCGGUUGCUAUGUAUAUGACUGAAGACACUGCUGAGCACUUUGAGCAAAGCUCCAGUUGCAACUUCAUGAAGUUUCUUGGUGGUGUUCCUCUUCUCGAGAGGCUUAUUGGUCAUAUCUACUUUACAAAGUAUUUGAGUGUAGGUAAUCGUCCAGGAAAACUCCAAAUAACAUACAGCCACCUCAGAGUUAUUGAACUAUAUCAAGUUAGUUUCGAGGAUAUGAAAGAGAUUCUUGUCGUUCUUCGCUUGAUCACCAAUGCUCCUAGCUUAACCGAACUCAAAAUAUCAGGGUCUUCACAUACAUCAGCUGCUACGGAAGCCCCUGACUUGGCAUUCUGGGCAAAAGAAUGCCCUAAAGAUUGCACUUUUAAACAACUCAAAUGUGUGACGAUGACUGACAUGUCCGGUGUGCCCCAUGAGAUGGAGUUCAUCAAGUUCUUGCUUGCAAAUUCGCCAGUGCUGGAGGAGAUGAGCAUAUCGCCUUGUGUGUAUGUCAUGGACUGCAGAAUGAACAUGUUGAUCGAGUUGCUCAAGUUCCGCCGUGCUUCUGGUCAAGCUGAGAUCUUAUUCGUCCAAGAGUAACAUUCAUUUACAUCAUGUGAACUCUGACUUCAGUGUUCCUUUCCUUUUUAUUCUUUUCAUUCUUGUCGAUAGUUCAUGCAUGCAUGUAGUUGCUCUUACUCUGUACCGACAGAAUAAAUAUGAAAUACCAGUUUCCUUUAAAUUACUGAAUAGCAAAUGACUUAUCAAAAGAAGUUCAUUGCUAGUUUAUUUGUCUUUGGAUACUGGUCAAUUGAGGUGCUCAAUUAUAGAUGUGUCUGCUAUCAAAGUCCUUUGAAAUAUUUUUUCCAUGUGGGAGUUGCCUACAUUUUCGAUAUUUCAUAAUCAAGUCCCUAACAGCCUUCAGUAGUUGUUUGUUAAAGUGGGUCUGCAGUAAGUACACGCCUAAUCAACUUAAACCUAACCU